AUGGCCGACUCACUCAGCAAGGCAGUAGCCGCACUCACAACGAAACGAGCGCGCGUCCAAGCGGUCAGCACGUGGAUCCGAGCGCACGGCGCGGACGCGCAGCUCGCCGAGCGCGCGCUGCAGGCGCUCCUGGACCACGUCGCCGCGCGUCUGUUCGCCGACGAGGGGCCGGCCGUCGAACGGUUCAAGGCCGGCCUCGCGACGCUUUACGUGAUUGAUGACGCGCUGAAGGGGGGCCAAGAAGCGGCCGCGGCGUCGGACGCGCAGCGCGCGGCAAGGGGCUUCGCCGACGCCUGCGAGCGCACGAGGCACGUGGCUCGACUCGUCCGCAACCUCGCGCGCUUCGUUGAGGAGGAGGCCGGCGACGCACCGCGACUCGUCGACGUCGGCGCCGGCGUCGCGCGCCUCAUCGCGAUCUGGGCGGCGCGGCGG